AUAGCAUGUUUUGAAAAUCGGCAGAAUCGAAUCGAUUUCUCUUUGCGGCGUUUUUGUUUGUCGCUCAAACGUUUUGCAUUUAAAUUGAACCUAAAAAACGUUUUGUGUAAGUUAAUUCGCUUCUUAAAAUGACCGACGUUCAAGCACCGCCACCGCCCGGACCUCUCGGCACCGAGGAACCCUGGCAGCCGGAACCGGAAGAGGAACCACCAGAGGCGCCGCCGGCACCAACAUUGUCUGGUCCCAUUGUUGGCAUCAUCUAUCCGCCACCGGAAGUGAGAAAUAUCGUGGAUAAGACGGCUAGCUUCGUUGCCCGUAACGGUCCGGAGUUCGAGAGUCGUAUCCGGCAGAACGAGCUGGGGAAUCCAAAAUUUAACUUUUUGAGCGCUGGGGAUCCUUAUCAUGCCUACUACCGACAUAAGGUUAAUGAGAUUAGGGAAGGUCGGAAUGACGUUAGCCAGGCGGUUGUUCCGGCCGGUAUCCAGCAGCUGAAGAGUGCGGCCAGUGUGGCCGCUCAGCUGAAACAGCAGGAACUGCUGAAGGCGGUCAGGGAGGAGCAGUUUGUUCCCAAGGAUCCGCCGGCUGAGUUCGAAUUUAUCGCGGAUCCGCCGUCGAUUUCGGCUUUGGAUUUGGACAUUGUAAAAUUGACGGCUCAGUUCGUUGCUCGUAAUGGUCGGCUCUUUUUGACCAAUCUGAUGAACCGGGAACAGCGCAACUAUCAGUUUGAUUUUCUGAGACCGCAGCAUUCGCUGUUCCAGUACUUUACCAAACUGCUGGAACAGUACACCAAAAUUCUGGUGCCUCCUAAGGAUUUGAUGAAUAAGUUGAAGAUUGAAAGUACCGCUGGAAUUAGCAGCAUGAAUGUGGUGCUGGAGCAGGUCAAAUACCGAGCGAACUGGAACAAGCACCAGGAAAUGCAGCGACGUCGCGAGGAAGAGAAGAUCGAGCGGGAGCGAGUUGCCUAUGCCCAGAUUGAUUGGCACGAUUUCGUCGUCGUUGAGGUGGUCGAUUAUCAGCCGUACGAGAGUGGAAACUUUCCGCCUCCGACCACCCCAGAUGAAGUGGGUGCUCGGGUUCUGAUGGAGGAACGUCUGAACGAGGAAGAUCACGAUAUCGAGAUGCAGAUUGAAUCGGACGAAAGCGAUAGCGAUGACGAUGACGAUCGUCCGGCCGAGAAUGUUAAGCUUUCGAAGAUGGAGAAUCGUGUUGGUCAGCCUUCGCGUAAGGACAACAAUCAGCUGCAGGAUAUGGACGAAAGCAGCUCUUCGAGCGAUGAGGACGAACGUCCCAGCAAGACUCCGGCAACUCCAUUGCCGCCACCGAUUGCUCCACCCACUCAUGAUAAGGUCAUCGUCAAGAAAUAUGAUCCCAAACAGGCUCAGAAGCCGGCCGCUGUCAAACCUGCCGCUGCUGGUGAUGAUUAUCUGAUUUCUCCCAUCACCGGAGAGAAAAUUCCGGCUUCCAAAGUGGCGGAGCAUAUGCGUAUCGGUCUGCUUGAUCCUCGCUGGGUUGAGCAACGUGACAAGCACAUCGAAAAGGUGGCCCAAGAAAAUGUCUAUGCUCCUGGUGCCGCCAUCGAGGCUAGUUUGAAACAGCUCGCUGAACGUCGUACCGAUAUUUUCGGUGUGGGUGACGAGGAAGCUGCCAUCGGUAAAAAACUGGGCGAGGAAGAAACCCGAAAGGACGAUCGCGUCACCUGGGAUGGUCACACAUCAAGCGUUGAGGCAGCCACCCGAGCUGCUCGAGCUAACAUUACCCUGGAAGCUCAAAUUCAUCAGAUCCACAAGAGCAAGGGAUUGAUCAGCGACGAAGAGAAGGAAAAGAUCGGUCCCAAACCCAUCCCCGGAACAGUUGCUCUCGCACCACCGAAACCUCAUCAGCAACAAAUGCAUCAACCCCAACCCCACACCUCUCAGUCCCAACCGCUUCCACCACCCCCAAAACCGAUGCAAGUUCCUCAGCACCCUCAACAUCCUCAACAUCAUCCAAUAAAUCCUCCACCACCACCGGUCCCAGCAAUGGCAGCCAUGAUGCAGAUGGGAAUGCCAAUGGGCCACCCUCCUCCAAUGAUGCCACCACCAUUCGGAUUUGGUGUUCCUCCGAUGCCCCCAAUGGCUCCGGCUCCUCAACCGAUGCAGCAGGAACCACCUCAACCGAUAGACCUGGACGAACCGCCGAACAAGAAGUCCCGUACCGAGGACCACCUCAUCGAGGAGUCCGUUUUUGUGCAGCGUCACAAGGGACCGGUUACGGUGCAGAUUCAAUGUCCGAAUCUGGCCGAAAAGAGCGAAUGGAAGCUGAACGGGCAAACCAUUGCGAUGCAGCUGCAGCUCUCGGAUACCAUCAGUGUGAUGAAGAGCAAGCUGCACGCGGAAACCGGAAUGCCCCCGGCCAAGCAGAAGAUGUUCUACGAGGGAAUGUUCUUCAAGGACAGCAACACAGUGGCGUACUACAAUUUGCUAAGCGGAGCAACAGUGCAUCUGCAGGUGAAGGAACGUGGUGGACGGAAAAAGUAAAUCCCGAACUUCCAAGGACCCCGAUCGCAUCAAUUUGUAAGGUAUUUUCCUUCUUUCUUUUUAUAAUAGCAAAAAAACACAAAUUUCAUUUUGACCUUUAAACUUUAGCGAUUAUCUCUAGCAGCAAUAGCGCUAACCAAACUUUAUUAUUCCUUACAUUUUUAAGAGAAUUUAAAUAAAGCUACACAUAUUAUCUAAUGUAAAAUUUCAGUGAUGCGAUAACAAUUUUUAAGUAAUAAAAACAGCACUAAGUCGGUUGGAAUGGAUGCGUUCGCUAAGCUGAA